AUGGACAUCCACGCCGCUCCACCGCCUUCCAUUCCGGCCUCCUCCGCAGACGCCGACGCCGACUGCGACGCGACCCUCCCGGUGGAUCUGCUGCUGGAGAUCGCCGCGCGCUCGGACGUCGUGAGCGUCGUCCGCUGCGCGGCAACCAACAAACCCCUCCGCCGCGCCAUCCUCGACCGCGGCUUCCGCCGCCUGCUCUCCCACCGCGCCGCCUCCACGGGCGGCUUCGACCCGGCCCUCCUCCGCGGCGUCUCCUACAGGCUCGAGGACAGCGAGGCGGCGCGCCCCGUGCGGGUGGUCCAGCCCAUCCCGUCGACCGAGCCCUCCCUCGUCCACUUCGACGAGCCCCUCGUCUUCGAGCCCGUGGCCUCGCGGGACGGCCUCGUCGUCCUCCGCCGCCUCCGCCCGCGCCCGCUCUUCGGGCAGUCCCUCGAGGAAGGCCCGCCCGGGAGCGUGCUCCGCGUCGUCAACAGCGUCACCGGCGAGACCUCCGUGCUCCCGUCCGUCUCCAUCCGCGACUACCGCAAGCACGCGCUCAUCAACGUCGAGGACCGCGGCCGCUCCUUCGAGCUGCUCGUCGCGGACGAGCGCCUGCGCACCCAGAUCUACUCCUCCCGGGACGGCGCGUGGAGCCCCGUGCGCCCCAUCCACCUCCACCGAGGCUCCCGCCCGUUCCACGACUCCUGCCCCUUGGUCAUCGGCCGAACCGUCCACUGGCUUUGCAACCCGGAACCGCUGCCCCCGGGGCGGCAUCUGUCGGGCCCGGAGCCCUACAUCGUCGCUAUGGAUGUCGACACCUUGCAGGCCACCGUGAUCGAUCUUCCGCGGGGCUGCACUAGCAGAAUGACGGCCUCCAUGAGCCACCGCGGGCUCCUCCUGGCCGCGACCGUCGACGGGAAGCUGUUGGUUGUCGUCUCCGAGACCCAGGUGAUCUCGAUGUGGACGCUGUCUCCCCCCACGGAGGAGGACCCAAGCCCGCCCGGCACUUGGAGGCGGCAGGUGCUGAUUGACAAGCAGGACUGGGGUGUGCACAGCUCGGUCCAGUUCGAGGGCUUCGGGCAGAGGAGCGGCACUGCUAUCCUCUACAUUGGUAGAGUUGGGCUCAUCCGGCUCAACGUUGCAACCAAGGAGGCGCACGUCGUGUUCUACCGCACCGAGACCGCCUACGUCUCGCAGGUUUGCCUGCAUGAGAUUAAUCUGCCCUCUCUGCUCCAAGCCAUGAAACCGCUGAGCUAGAAGAUGCUUAUGGAUAAGUUUCCAGAAUGUCUUUCGAUUCAGUUCUUGUUGUACUGUGUGUGUGCUUAGAGCAGCUGUUUUAGCUCUAAGCUGUCGUGGCGCUUGGCCAAUACUAGUUCUAAAAGGAAAUGGAGUCGCUGCUGAAUUUAGUAUAUGCUUUCAUAGUUUGUCGUUAUGCUGUUAUAGUGCUCGCUGCCAAUCCAUCCGUUCAUCCUGUAACAUAACAGUUUGCAUGUACCAUUAUGUAUUUCAGCCAGUUAUCAAAAUGGUAAUAAAAUCUGUUUACCGUA